UGCUAUAUCUUUCACUGCUGCACUGUGGAAAACUGGAGAGGAGGACAACAAACCAAAGAAGAAGUGUGAUAAAUGGAAAGAUGGGAUAAGUGGUUUGAAGGAAUGCAUGCAAGCCGGGCAACCCUACGAUAAGUGCAAACAGGAGGAAAUGGUCCUAGUCGACAAUGCUACCAUCCGCACACUGGUCACCUACGCAAAAUCAAAGAGCAUCAAUGCAUUUAUCAUAAGGAGAGCAGAAAUACUGGUUGAAACACUCUUCCUCAACCGCUCAUUCCAUCUGUUGAAUUUCACGCUGACAAGUCAAGGUGUGCCAGCGAAGUACACGCCACAACGAGGCAUACAACAGCGACAGCCUGGCGCCGAUGAUUGGGGAUCGGAUGAAUCUGGUGGAAAAACAGUAACGGCAACUUCGAGCGCAGAGCCUGAGACGAAACAAGUGGAAACGGAAGUCACCGUCGUGGCCGCAGAACACCACGCCAAGUCUGGCGUGGCGAAGAAGGCAUCAUCGAAGCCGGCCGACUCUGCUACCAACAUACCUGCAUCCUCAUGGCGAAAUGGCUCCUCGAGCAGUCCCACAGCGGGCACAGAGGACUCAAAGAAGUCGCCAAGAGAAGAAACCAAAAACCCCAUCAAGCAAGCAUCCACCCCCAGCAGCGACAUGGCAACUUCUGCCCCCAGUAGCAAUGACGAAGAAGCCGUGCUUACUACUUAAGGAACACCUCGCGGCGCCUCCUGGCCGUAGUGUUUCUUUUUUUUUUUUCAUUUUGCUUUUGUUAGGCCGAACCGGUCCGCCCCCC